UUCACGAAUUUUGCAACAGUUGCAAAGCAGCUUUUCCUGCUGAACGCAGCCAUUGUUGUCUUUGCGCUUUGGUUUUCUGCCCACUGAUUUUUGAAUAUUUGAUUUGUAUCUUCUAUUAAGAAAACGGUUAAAUCUCUGUACAUAUACUGCGUAAAAUUUGAAACACCUGUCAAAAUGGAAAUAAUGGAUAUACAAACCAAUUCGGGGCACGCACACAAUGAGACUCAUUCGAUCGACACAUUCUUCGCUGAAACGGAGAUUUUUAUAAUCGGUGCUACUGGUUUCUUAGGGAAAGCCCUUCUAGAAAAGUUGUUGCGCUCGUGUCAUUGUGUGGCCACAAUUUUCGUUCUAAUUCGUCCAAAAAGAAAUCAGUCUAUCGAAGAACGCUUCAGGAAAUUAUUGGAAAAUCCUAUUUUCGAUAGAAUACGAACGGAAUGUCCUAGCGUCUUAAAUAAGAUAUUUCCUGUGAAGGGCGAUUUGGGCAUGCCGGAGUUGGGACUUCAGCUUAAAGACAAGGAAAUGUUAAUACAGCGAGUUAACAUUGUUUUUCAUAUUGCGGCCACCGUACGUUUUAAUGAGCCAUUGAAAAUAGCCGUUAAUAUAAACACAAGGGCCACAGAUCGUAUGCUAGAUUUGUGCAGACACAUGACGAACCUUAUUAGCGUUAUUUACGUUAGCACGGCUUACAGUAACGCCGAUCGACGAGAAAUUAAGGAAUCGAUAUAUACCACAAAGAUAAAGCCGUACACAGUAAUUGAUAUGUGCGAAAAUUUGGAUGAUGAGGCGAUGAAAAUAAUAGAGAAGACACUGAUCGGUAAUCAUCCAAAUAUUUAUACGUUGACCAAAGGUUUGGCAGAGCAGAUUGUACUGUCCAAGGGGAUCGGCUUACCAAUCGCGAUCGUACGACCGAGUAUAAUUUGCGCUGCAUAUCAAGAACCGUUUCCAGGAUGGAUAGAUAAUGUUAACGGUGUUACAGGUAUAAUGACGGAGACAAGUAGAGGUACUGUUAGGAGCCUCAUAGGUAAUGCAAAUUUAGUAGUAGACAUUAUACCUCUCGACUUUGUUGUCAAUACGUUAAUAUGCGCGUCUUGGCAUAACGCUGUGCAACGUUCCGAUACCGUAAAGAUUUAUAAUUGCACUAGCAGUUCACUGCAUCCGAUCACAUCGAGUGAAUUUAGAUAUCUUACCCACAAGUACGCUAUAAAAUUCCCAUCGAAAUACGUGAUGUGGUAUCCAAACUGUACGCUUAGGACAAAUAGAUUCAUUCACACUAUCAUAGUAGUUAUGUUGCACUUCUUACCUGCAUUUAUCUUAGAUCUUAUAUUAAGGAUCCAAGGUUGCAAACCUAUAAUGAUGAAAAUUGCUAAACGUUUCGACCGCGGUGCUAAAAGCACAGAAUUCUUCAGGACGAAGGAAUGGAAAUUCUACGCUGAUAACAUGAUGAAACUAAUAAAAUUUGUGAGAGCGUCGGGGAAUUGUAACGAUUUCAGUGUAGAUAUCAGAAAUUUAGAUUGGGAUGCGUAUUUACAUCACUAUAUGUUAGGAAUUAGAAAAUAUAUUUUGCAAGACAAUCCAGAUACGUUAAAUAACUCCCGAAAACGUUUAUCGAGAUUGUACUGGAUAGAUAAAUUAACCAAAAUCGUAUUAUUAGUAAUGAUCCUAUUUGUCUUUUGGCGUUAUAUCUCAAUUAUAUGA